CUGUGGGUGAGGAUAGAGUAUGUGUGGAGCCCCCAGGAGGAAGGGGGCAAGCUUACUUUGUGAUCUCCUCUUUCUGCCUGCACUUAUCUUGCCCGUCUGUAUCAAACCUCAUUCGGACUUUGGCCGCCACCAGCAUCAUAGUGAGCGAAGCAAUGCCACACCCCCUUUGUGGACCCAUGACUCUGAACGUAAAGGUUCCACGUACAUUGGAGUUCCUGCUAGGGCUGACCAUGACCAAGGCAAUUCAUGUCAGCUUUAUUGUGUUACUGUCCAUGUGGAUGGAGGCUAAUGUCAUGUUAAAACAUACAAGUCAAAUAGGUUUUCCAUAACCCUUUACACUGCAGGAAUGAUCUCUUUGGCUAUGUAGCUAAUCUUCAUUGCUCAUGGGUCAGCAAGGCCAAAAACCACCUACUUGUUGAAAAUUUCCCUGAAUGGCCACAUGCAUUCCGGCUGAAGACUGAUUCCACAGCGACCAAUUACUUUUGGCAACUGAUCAGAAACUGCUUCAUGCUUCAUCUGUAAAUUAGUUAUCUAUCUGCUAUAAAACUAUAAUGUUGGCAACUAGCUACCCACAGUGCUUCUAGUAUGUCAGCUGUGGGCAUCUUAAUUUUGGUUGUCUCCUGGGCCAAGGCACCAGCCGUGCAAAUUCCUUUCAACAGAAAUCACAGGGCUUACAAUAAGAUUUCAAGUCAUCAUGCCAAACUGGAAAUUUCCCAGACCAGAAUGAAAGCCAUAUCAAGGGGAUGAAGGUGGCCUAUAAGAAGACAAAGAAGAGUAAAUCCAGGAGUGUUACCAAUGUUUUGUCCAUUUCCUCAUGAAGUGAAUUAAAUUAUGAGAUUCUGCCCCAUUACAAGGCUGGUAUACUUAAUGGACGGCCUGGCCCUCUUAAUGCUGCUCAUCCCAGGCUUGAAUCACGAAGACCCCGUGUCCUAACUGGACAUGUUUCACAGUUGUCAUGCCAAGAGAACAAUUCAAAAGAGGGCAGACUGCUUGAAUUUCAGGCUUUGUCAUACCUCUGCUAGUCUCCUUCUCACCUGGAGCUUGGAAAAAGGAGACAUCAGGUUACAGAGAGAGGGUAACAAGCAGUUUGACUGCUGGACCAUGACUGAAUGUGUUCAUCCUCACAGAUGUGAAGGGAGGACAGUGAAUUCCAAAGACAGAAAUUUCAGGGAUUUUGAGGUGCUUACGCACAAACGCUCAAGCCAUCCUGCUCCCUCUGCCUCAUGUGCACUCCUUGCACCUGCUCCCUCACCUCCCUGUAAGGAUGCACUCCAGAACAGAGUGCUGUAGUACUUUAAACAGCAGAGGCAUAUCUCAGCCAUAGCCUGUGCAUGCCAGUGCAGAGAAGAGGGAAUGAGAAGCAGUGCCCUGAAGUGAUGCACUUCCACUCCUCCAAGGACACUUGUGACCACUUGCAUGGUGAAAGAGCAUCAGCAAAAGUGAAAAAAUGGGUGUAAAAACAUUUACUCAUAAUUCCCCUGCUCAUAGCCAGGAGAUGCUUGGAAAACUCAACAUGCUUCGCAACGAUGGACAUUUCUGCGACAUCACCAUUCGCGUGCAGGACAAAAUCUUCAGGGCACACAAGGUGGUCUUGGCAGCCUGCAGCGACUUCUUCCGCUCCAAACUAGUUGGCCAGGCAGAAGAUGACGGCAAGAGUGUAUUAGACUUGCAUCAUGUGACAGUGACUGGCUUCAUACCCCUUCUGGAGUAUGCUUACACAGCCACACUGUCUAUCAACACAGAAAAUAUUAUUGAUGUGUUGGCUGCAGCCAGCUACAUGCAAAUGUUCAGUGUUGCUAGUACAUGCUCAGAAUUCAUGAAGUCGAGUAUUUUAUGGAAUACACCCAACAACCAGCAAGACAAGGUGCUAGAUGCAGGACAAGAAAACAGUGCAAACUGCAACUUUACCUCUCGAGAUGGCAGCCUUUCUCCGGUUUCCUCCGAAUGCAGUGUGGUGGAAAGAGCCAUUCCUGUUUGUCGAGAGUCCCGAAGAAAGCGCAAAAGCUACAUAGUCAUGUCUCCUGAAAGUCCACUUAAGUGUAACACACAGACGAACUCCCCCCAAGUGCUCAAUCCUUCAGCUUCCUACGCAGAGUCCAGAAAUCAGCCAGUAGACUCUUCCUUAGCUUUUCCUUGGACUUUUCCUUUUGGAAUUGAUCGAAGGCUUCAAUCUGAGAAGGUGAAACAGGUAGAGAAUUCUAGGACUUUGGAACUCCCUGGUCCAUCUGAGGCAGCCAGAAGAAUUACUGAUUACGUGACAUGUGAGAGCACAAAGGCCAGUUCACCUCUUGUGAUUGAAGAAGAUGUGCGUGUCAAAGUAGAAAGGUUAAGUGAUGAGGAGGUUCAUGAGGAAGUAUCACAGCCUGUCAGUGCAUCCCAGAGUUCUCUGAGUGAUCAGCAGACAGUCCCAGGAAGUGAGCAAGUUCAGGAAGAUCUCCUGAUCAGCCCACAGUCUUCCUCUAUAGUGCCAAAUGGUUUGACUACAGUCCAUUCACAGAGUACCGUUUUGGAAAGAUUAGUGCUUUCCAUAACGGUGAAGGGAGUUAAAGGUUCAAUAGAUGAAGGGGUUACUGAGGGAUUACCCACUCUCCAAAGUACCUCUGGCACUAAUGCUCAUGCAGAUGAUGAUGAUCGGUUGGAGAAUGUUCAGUAUCCCUAUCAACUCUACAUUGCCCCUUCUACCAGUAGCACAGAGAGACCCAGCCCAAAUGGCCCGGAUAGACCUUUUCAGUGUCCAACCUGUGGGGUCCGAUUCACCCGUAUUCAGAACUUAAAGCAGCACAUGCUCAUCCACUCAGGCAUUAAACCAUUUCAGUGUGACCGUUGUGGGAAAAAGUUCACCCGAGCUUACUCGCUAAAGAUGCAUCGCCUGAAGCACGAAGGUAGGGCUGCCUGGGUGGAACUGCCGCCUCCUCGACCCCGUGAUUCCUCUGUUCCCAUCUGGAAAAUGGGACGUGCUGCUCUGCAGUGACUUCUCUUCUCCCAUCCCCAUACAAGACCUGCAUCUCCUCAUCUUUCAUGCCCUGACUAACGUAGCCCAUGUCCUCAUGUGGGACAGAUGGCUAGGAAGAAAGGCAGGUCUGGUGGGAGAACACUGGGCUGAGCCUCAAGAGACCUGGGAUCAAUUUGUCCUUGGCCAAGUCAGUUAAUCUACCCCAUGCCUCAGUUCCCCAUAGCACUUCCCUGCCUCUUAGCGGUGUAAUAAGGAUAAAUCCAUUCAUAAUUGUGGGCUGCUCAGACUCUCCGGUGAUGAAAGCCAGGUAAGUACCUGCAUAGAUUGGGAGGUGCGUUGUGCUCCCCUCCACUGAUUGGUUGGCAUAGAACCCAGGGGUUCUCUACCUGACUCUGCCACUGACUACCUGUAUGAUAGAGAGCAAGUUGUGUAACCUUACUCGGCUUGGUUCCCCAGUUUACUACAUAACUGCCUUUGUGGAAGCACUUGGCAAUCAUCAGAUGAAAGGCACAGUGUAAUUGCAGACUGUUCUAUGCAUUACAUGGAGAGAUCAUCAAUGCACCUGCUUGUUAAAGAACCUGUAACAAAAGCUAAUUUCUGACUGGCGCUGUUCUGUCUGAGCGUCCAGGUUCUGUUUCUUUGUAGGUAGAUGAGCCUUGGCAGGUAUAGAAUAUGUGCUGAACACACGGUCUACAAAGAUGAGAACCAGAUGCUCCUUCCAGAUGUUUCAUCCCUCUUUCCUGUUUGUUACACUUACGAUAGGAACUUCUUCAGCUGUAUAAGACACUCACUGUUCUAGGAUCUCUGCCGGUGGAGAGGAUGGAUUAGUCUUGUGUGGCGUCAGCAAGAAAUGGAAGCAGAAACAAAGUUUCCCAUUUUUUUGGGACAUGUUUGGAGGGACUUGGAGCUCUGGCUCUUCUCUGUUGUUCAUGUGUUUGCCUGCUGCCAGACAAGAGAGGCCAGAAAGGAGAGCUGCGAAUUACAACUGAAAACACUAUUGCUCUUUUCAUGCUCAUAUUGUCCUGGCAGCAUUCAUGGUGGGCAAAUGGAAUUAGAUACAAUAGAAUCCUCCUGGCGCAAUCCUUGCUCAGAACUUAGACCCAGUUCAGAUCCCCUUUAGAUGUUGUCUGCAGGAGCCUCACAAGUGAGCUUAACACCCUUUGUCAAGCCUCAUUUAAGCACAGUGAUUAAAGUCGGCUUGGAGGUCUGUGUAUAAUGAGGCAAUGGGUAAUAAUAGGGGAUGUUUACUCUGCAUCACGGGGUGGCUGCAGUUUCUGUUGAAGUACCCAAGCUAGCUAACUCAGGUACCGGAUGAAGUGAAGCCAAGAGAGCAUGCACGCCAGCACAGACUGUUCAAGUCCACUCAGGACCCCGGGUGGUUACUUGCAUGCUGCUGCAGUUUCACUUCUCCAGUCCCUGAGCUGGCUUAAUUAAAGCUAGCUUGAGUAGGUCUACAGAAGCUGCAAUCCCAUCUCAUGAUUGCAGUGGACACAUACCCUUGGAGACUUGCACAAAUGUGGGGUAAUUUCCUCCUGUUGUUUUAAUUUGGCGGGGGGGUGACUUCUGUACUCUGGCUGGGGCUGGCGUGAUAUGGAGAGUCUGUUCUCAACCAUUUUCGCAGGGACCAGGAAGCACUAGAAACCUGACUGGGGAGAGCCAGUUCUUGUGAGUUUGCCAGCCCAGUUUUACAGACUUGAGCUUUGGAUAAGCAGCUUGUGUGAACCAACAUUGGAUGGUCUGGGCGGCUCCCCUAACACUUGGUAGGAUCCUUCUGUGAGAAUUGUGUCAUUGGGAGGAGUGAAAAAUAUUUUCACCAUGCAGGAGCUUUUCAUUCUAGUUGCUGGAGCUGGGGGUCCCAAUGGAUGUGAACAGAAAUAUUUUUUCCAGACUUCAGCGGUGUGGUAUCUGGGACUGUGGUUUGUCCCCUUGGAAUAACUCACACUAUUAAUGCUUUUCUACUGUGGAUCAGAAAGCUCUCUAAUGAAGUGGAUAAGCAUCACUAACUCUGCCCCAAAGUGGAUGGGACACUGAGUCUCAGAGAUUGACACGACUUGCCCCACCUGCAUGCAAGUUGAUGGCAAAGCUAGGGUCUCCUGGGCGCUGGUCCUGUGCUCUAUCUCCUGGGCCUGGCCAUAUGUCACACAGAUAAGGGCCAUAAGCAAAGUUUUGAUUCAGAGCUGAGUCUGAACAAUUGCUACAGCUUGGAGGCGAUUGUAAGUCUACAGUUUCACAUCAGACCACACCUCUGAUCCGGACAUUUCAAAAACCCUUUGGCAGCUGAAAUAGACACAGCUUCUGGAGCAAAGAGCCUUGUUUUUUUUCCAUGUGGGUUAAACCAUGCAUAGUACAGAGCAGCGAAACUGGUGGAAGACCCCCAAAGAGAACUGGCUCUGGGAUCUGUCCCUCCCACGCACUCGACUCAAGAGGAAUAACAUGCAGCUGCCAGAUUUCCCCAUUAAAAUGUUGAGUUCCCUCUCCCCGCACCAACCAAAUAAAGCUUGAUUGAAAUGAGCCGUUUUCAUCUUCAGUGCUGCGAUGUUUUGUUCCUUACUGUGAGUCAAUGAUUUUUCCAGUCCCUCCCCCACGAUAAACAAGUGCAGGCUGAGUGUGGCCCAAAGGAAAAUGUGAUUCCCUGCCACAUGCCUCCCCAGUACCAAUAAUAACCAUAUGGCCGCUCCCAGACCCCCUCUUUCCAACCAGCAGAAGCACAAGCAAGAAUUAGCACUGGCACGUACAUAACAAGGGCUUAACCCAGCGUUGCCUGCAGUGGGGCUGUGUGCACCCACUAAACACAAUCCCAUCGUGCCACAAUCACAGAACCUUGUGCUGUGGUCCUGGUUGUUCUCCCAAGCUAAGCAGGGUUGGGUUGAGGGGGUGCUUGAAUGGGAGAUCUAUGAAAAAAGGAGCAGUAGUGCUGUGGUGGCUCUGAGAUGCUUUUUUAUCGCAUGCUAGGGCAAACGUAUGCAAUUCUGUAUAUUCUGUAUACCUGCAGUGAGUAAUUUGUUGAUGAGCAUGUA